AUGCCGAGCUCGGGACCGACGAAUGAACGGCGACUUUCGGUGGAAGACACGGGGACUGAUGAAGUAUUACCUUCUUAUGAGGAUGUGAUACAGGAGGGGCCUUCUACCGCCGCCGUCACCACCACCGCGAAUUCGAGGCGUAGGACUCCUUCGCUCCGACAGGGCUCCUCUCAUUCACAGCAGCGCAGCUCACCACUGGGCCCUUCCACAGCAUCCUCAUCUGCGAGCCCGCAGCAAUAUAGCUCACUACUGGACUCUACUCCCUCCCCUACCACUGUCGCAUUUCCUUCGCUCACCACAACCGCCCCUCUGCCCUCAAGCCCCAUCGUGAGAUCCCCGCAAGGGCCCCAAGCCACCCACUCCCCCCGACCAAAAUACUCCUCCCUCCUCCCACCGGCCCCCGGCCCCUUCGGCCCACCCCCAGACUACAACGUCACAACAUCAAGUCUACCCGAGCUGCCACCAAGCCGCAAGGGGAGAAAGCAGGAGAAGAAAUCCCGAAUUCAGCGGUGGGUUUUCGGAGAAACGGCUUCGCAGGCCUAUCAUGAAGGUCGUCACGGAAAGAAGUAUGCCCCCGCGAAGAACGAAGGUGUGCCGCUAGAGUAUGUUGUCGAUAGGUUUGGAAAUCGGAAGCGGGAGCUGAGAUUUGGGAUGACGUGGGGUGGAGCGUUGUCUCUUUCUGGAUCUCUCACGGUGGGGGUUAAGCAUAGGUAAUUUGGAGCUGACGAUGUGCUGUUUUCGAGGCCGUGGAUUAAGACGCUGCGGGAUUGCUCGGGCGAUCAUUGA